AUGGUGUGUUUGUUGUGCAAUACAGUGUUAAAUACUUUAAAAAAAGCGAAUGCAAAUAAACAUUAUUUGACUCAUAAAGAGCAUAAAUAUUUCGCUUUAGAAGGUGAAUCGCGAAAAACUGCACUUCGAAAGUUGAAAAAUGAGAAGCAUCAUCAGCAGGCAUCUUUUAGUGCCUUUGUCAAUCAAAAUUCCGCUGCAGUUGCUGUUUCCUAUAAAAUAGCACAUAUACUUGGAAAACGGGGCAAACCAUUUAGUGACAUUGAAAUGAUUAAAGAAUGUAUUGUUGAAGCAGUGAAUCGACAGCACGAAUUAGCGCAAAAUAUAACAGAGCAGCUUCAUACAAUUAUACGAAAUGAAGGUGUUUAUUUUUCAAUUGCGUUAGAUGAAAGCACUGAUAAAACAGAUUCAGCACAAGUAUUAUAUUUUAUUCGUGCCGUAACUAAAGAUUUUCAAGAAGAACUACUUGCGUUGGGUACACUAACUGGAAAAACUCGCGGAGUCGAUAUUUUUGAAAACUUUAAAGAAGUAUGUGACAAAUUACAAUUGAAUGUCAGUAAUUUAGUCAGUGUCUGCACCGAUGGAGCACCUUCCAUGAGAGCAAAAUCUUUGCGCGAAAUCAACCUUUUGCAAGACACUCUGGAUAAAACCAUUGCAAUUGUCAAUUAUAUUCGCGUAAACGCAAUGCGUCAUCGUGAAUUUCGGCAAAUGCUCUGUUAG